UUGGGUGUGUUUAUCAUCGAAGAAGCUUAGAAGAGGCUGCGGUCCAGAAGAAAACAGAGGAUAUGUCUCUAAUUCAGAUUCUGGAGAUGAUAACACUGAAGCACAGACUUCAGUAUCUUGUGAACCUUCCCAAGGAAAAAACAAGAAAUGCAAAAGAAGCAAACUCUUCCAAGUUAUUGGAUUCUGAAGAGACAGAAGGAGAUCCUCAGAUUCAAGCAGCUAUAAAGAAAAUGCAUAAGCUUGACACAAUUCUGGCAAAAAGACAUGUUAAAGAGAGAGCAGUUAAAAAACAAGGCAAGGAAAUGAGAGCAAAGCUCUGGGAAAGACUUAAGUCUGUCAGUACCAUGGGAAUCCACGAGGAGAUAGAAAACACAAAACUCUUCUUAACUUUGAUCUCAUCGUGGCAGGAUGCAACUGAUCCCUCACAUGUUAAACAGGACGAAACACAUGCUUUGCUAUUUCACACCCAAAUUAGUCCAGAAGAUUAUGCCCUCCAUAAAGCCCAGCAUAAUAAGGAUUAUCCAAGUGAAAUAGAAACAAACAAAUUCCUGAAUCAAGCACUAGCGAAGGAUUCUGGAAAACAGGUACCUAUGCUUGAAGGAGAAAGGAAAAUAAUUGAACUGUUGAAAGAUACAGAAGAUGGAAGUACAUUGCAAGAUCUUGAGGAGGAUGUAUGUGGCUGGCUAAUACCAGGAGAAGGGUACACACCUGAACCGAUGGAAUUUCAUCACCUAAAUGAGAUAGACAGGAAGCUUCAAAUACUCCUGUCUAAUGGUGAUUUUUCUGCAAUUUCCAGCUCUUGCUCAAAUCCUCCAAGUCAAAUUUAUCAGGAGUCUCUGGUUUAUGCAAACAGAAGCCUAGAAGUAGUUCCAGGUGAAAAGGUUCUACGAGACAAUAGAGAAUAUCGCGAUCAACAAAACCGUCUGAAAGAAAUAGAUCAUCAGCUGAAAUCUUUAGAGAGAAAUUCUAUUGAAGACAAAACGGGCCUCUCUGAAGAGCAGCUUAAAACCCUUCUGGAAGAAUGUAUGCAGCCUCAGAGAACAAUAAGCAACGUUACCAUGCCAAAGUCUCAGGAAUCUCUUUCUUGUGGAUUAAGUCCCCCUUGUUACACAAGUCAAGUCUCCAUUCUUCACUCCACAUCUACUCUUUCCAAAAUGUUAGUUGAAGACCAUAUUGUAGGGAUGUUAACAGCUCUGGAAAAGGCUGGACUUGAAGACAAAAGCUUAUGUGUUAAUGCUGAGAGUGAAAUCCCUAGCUACUAUAUCAGCAAAGCAUUGGCUGAUAGUCACUUAUCAAAGGAUUCACUGGCCCAAACAGAGGAACCUGAUGACCUAGAAGUUUUACAGAAGAUGAGAGAUAAGAGUAUUACUGAAGGUUACUUUAUGUCAAGAGCACUCAACACUGAAAGGCUGAAGAAACCUUCUUUCUUGGGUGAACCAUUAUACUGCAUCAGCAUGAACAAUGAGCCAUCCACAGGGCCUGACAUUCUCAGCAUACCACUGCAAACCAAAGGAGGUGAGACCCUUAACAAUCCUUUAGAAUAG